AUGCGUGUUAAGCUCUGGCUUCCCGAUACUCAACCAUGUGAGCAUUUGAUGUAUGUGCGGCGGAAUAAGGAACGUCUUUUGAAUCUCGCCACAACCCUUUCCAUUCGGUUCGCAAUCCAUGAUCGACAUGGGCGUCUGUUAGCCAUUGGUGUCAUUCUUCUCGGUCAAGCCGCGUCUCACAGUGUGAUUGUUGCUAUGAUUUUGCUUCGGUUACCAGUGUGGCUGUUCAUAAUCGCAUCUCUUGUUUCCGGAAUUAUUGGAGGUGGAAUGAUCUCUCUGUGUGUCCAAAUGACCGUUUGCUUCACCGAUCUCAUCGCGUUACCCCCUCAUACGGAUGUGCCCAACGAGCUGACGCCACUUUCCACCGAGAAUCGGCAAGAUCGACGUCGUUUGCUGCUUCUCGGUAUUUUCGACUCCGGUCUAUCGUUGUCGGCCGCUCUCGCCAAUGUGGUCGCAGAUAAUGAAAUCUCACCAUCCACUCACCUGGUUGGCUUUUCUAUUGGUUCUUUUUUUGUUUUCCUCUACCUCAUGGCCAAACCAUUUUGCUGGUCUCCGGAAUACGUUGGUUUGUAUAACGGAUUAUCCGGUUUCUUGACGUCCAUCACCACUCUGGCGCUGAUCCUCUGCACGUAUUGCUCAAUGCGAAUGAGGCACUUGGUCCAUUCACUGGUCUCUUCCUCCGAGCACCCCAGUCCACCGAUGCGAUCCGAUCGUUGGCGCGAUGAAGAAUGCGAACCCUUACUGCUUCCAGCACUGCCACCCACUGACUCACGUGCUGUGCGCCAUAUUUGGACUGGUCGGUUUCGUGCGAUGGUGUACAUCCUCGUGGCGUUUGUCAUUAUAACUGUUUCCAAGCUGGUGAUGGGCGUGGUGUUUAUGCUCCCGGCGCCACAGCGAACGAUUUUGGUGUUUAUCUCCCUCUUGCUGCAGUUAGCCCGAUCUUCUGUGAUUCCUACGCUGAAAUCGUUCUUGUCUUCUCUUCACUCACCUGAUAGUCAAGGCUAUCUGUUCUCUCUGAUCGGUCUAUUCGAAUAUCUUGGUGCGUGGAUUGGUCUGCCUUGCCUUCCAGGUGUCUACGCACUAACCGUACACGUGUUCCCUGGUGCUGUGUUUCUUCUGUCCGCCGGGCUAGCAGCUAUCGGUUCCGCACUGGCCGCAAUCCUACUCUGUUUCGUCUGCAAACGAAUCCCAAGGACUACUUCCGUUUGAUUCCCUCCAUCUCGUGAAAACUGGUGGUUGCAUAGAUAGCUAUCACUCUUUCGUCCCUACAAGCAGCUGAAUUAGAUUGCAUUUGAACGUCAUUUGCAUCUUGAGAUCUAUCUGCGCAUAUUCUGAUUUAUAUUUCUAAUAUUUUUUAUUUUCGUUUUGGUCCUUUUCUAAUAUUGAUGAUGCCACUGAUCUUAUCGAUCGUUAUACUUUCUUCUUGAAUAAGUCAGACUUUUGGAGAUGAGUUUGGUUCCGCAUUGCGUUUUUGCCCAUUGGGUGUCGGCCAUUCAAGUGGGUGACGGAAUACCUUUACUUCCUGUUUGGAUCCAGUUUACAAAUAUGAAAU